AUGCUGGAGGCCGAACGACUCUUCGCGUAUUUCAUCCGUAUGGGGAUCGAAAACGCGAAGUUAAUUCAGCAGUCUGCAGACCAAGCUCUGUUGGAUCAUCUGUGGGACCAAUUGGUGAAGGCAGGCGUGCUGGGAGCUACAGCUUCCCCCGAGGCUUCUGCUGCUGCUCGCGGGCGUCUGCAAAAUGCACUCGAGAGCGUUAGCAAGAAACGCCCGUUCAUGGCUAUCGAGCCCGUGCGUGAAUUAGUUACUGGAGUGCUGGACGAGCUGCUGCAAACACCAAGCACGACCAAAGAGAAGCUCCGCGAAAUGCUGGAGCAGCUGCAGAUAGGGGCCGUGGAACGCGCCGCAGCCUUUCUGCUCAGCAAGGCAGCCGGAGUUGAACAAGAUACAGCUCAGGAGACCGUGAGAAAUCUUGUUCAACGCCAAACUUCUGAAGAAGCCACUCCGGACUUUACUCCUGGAGAGGGGCCCCGUGUCUCUAAUCUGCAGGCGUGGUUAAUCCAAAUGUAUUUCAUCGCCGAUCCGCUCAUGCUCCUUUCGCGACCCUCGAUAUUUAAACCUGCUGUUGUUCUCAUCGAAGUCCUCAAUAAAGCAGCAAGUAAGACUGAUAAAACUUCCUCAGGGAAGGCCUUGCACGUGCUGGCUGCCACUAUCGCUACUCUGCCUAUGCGUUACAACAGGUUUGAGUAG